UGUAAGGUACGUCAUAUCAUGCAACUAGAGUGCGUAGUUGUAUAUAUAAAUCUGUAUAGGUGCGUCUAUCUGUACUUUUGAAGAACCUCGAAUAUUUUUAAAGAAAUGUCAUCUUUGCUUAAGAAUAUUUGGAAACUCUCACGAAAUCUUCCUAUUAUAGCACCUAAAUGUUAUCCAAAAUUUUUGCCCUCGAUGAGAAUGAAUAGUACGGAAACUGAAAAAGGAGAAGUACGACCAACAAUACGUAAAAGUGUAACAGAUCUGACAUCUCUAAGGGAUUUAGGUUUAUAUAUAAGUGCAUGUUUAUCAAAGUAUGUUCAGAAAGUUCAACUUGCUUGUGGCGAUGAACUUGAAGUAUUAAUCUGUCCAGAUGGAAUUAUUCCAACAAUACAGUUCUUAAAAUGUCAUCAUAAUACUCAAUAUACUGUGUUAACAGAUUUAACUGCAGUAGAUGUUCCUUCUCGUCCAUAUAGGUUUGAGGUUAUCUACAAUCUUCUUUCCUUGGUAUAUAAUUCACGUAUUAGGGUAAAAACAUAUACAGAUGAAUUAACUCCUUUACCAUCAAUAGAAAAAAUUUAUGAUGCUGCUAACUGGUAUGAGCGAGAAGUAUGGGACAUGUUUGGUAUAGUGUUCAAAGAUCAUUCAGAUCUUCGUAGGAUUCUUACAGAUUAUGGUUUUGAAGGUCAUCCAUUAAGAAAAGAUUUUCCUCUGAGUGGUUUUGUUGAGGUACGUUAUGACGAUGAAUUAAAAAGAGUUGUAUGUGAACCACUAGAAUUAACACAGGAAUUUCGAAAAUUUGAGUUAUCUGCACCAUGGGAACAGUUUCCUAAUUUCAAAGAUUCUCCUCCUUCUAAUGAAACUAAGGAAACUGACUCUUCUAAGGCAAAGAAAUAAAUUGUACCGUUAUAGUAUGUUAUAAAUAUAUAUUAAAAGGGACAUGUUUUAAUUGUUACAUUACUAUUUAUUUAGUGAUGUUAUUAUAUAUCUUUCCAAUAAAAUAGAUACAAAAUAUA